AUCAAUUCCCAUUCCCAGAUCAAUCCCGUCUUCUCCCUUCCUUGUCUAUGGUACCGCCAAAUCAACAGCCGGCGAACAAUACGGCCGUCAUCUAGCUGUUUGUUGAGAGAACAAGAAGUAGACACAGCUUCCUGGAUGGGAAAUGUGCAUUUAUUGUGUGGUAUGUAGAUUGUUCCUUAUGUUCAGUACUUGGCCAAGCAUCAAAUUUCUGAAGCAAAAGAGCAAGCUCUGUUCGUUGUCUCUGGUUUUCAAAGCCUACUGUAUCACAAAAAUCAAUGCCAACCCGAAAGUUUUACAAUACUGUGAAACAAGUUUUCAGGACGAAUUUAGCUUCGACAUCAGAUCAUGGAAUCGCCAAUUUGGUCUCAAAAGCCUUGAUUAGUUCUACUCCAAAAUCUGUUCUAAUCUCACCAGCUCUGAUUUCAAAUCUUAAUUCCGGUAUAAUCAACCUCGUUCUCUCAAAUCCUCUUGUUCCAGCCUGGUCUUGCUUGCACUUCUUCAAAUUCCUGCAAACCAAUCAGUCUAUCACGCGUCAGAAACCAAAUGUUCAAGCCCAUAUUACACUCAUUUUGAGGUUAUUCAAAACCAGAAAAUUUGCAGAGGCCAAGAAUAUAUUGCAUGCUGUUGUUGUUGAUGAUGAUCUCAGAUGCCCAGUUUCAAAGAUAGCUUCUUUAGUGGGUGAAAGUUGUGAAGAACCCAAAAUCAUUGUGAAGCUCUUUGAUAUGUUAUUUAGAGUUUAUGCUGAUAAUAAGAGGUUUGAGGAGGGUUUGGAGAUUUUUGAACAUAUGGUUAAUAAUGAAUAUAAGAUUGAUGAGCGAUCUUGCAUGGUUUACUUGAUUGCACUCAAGAGAUGCAAUAAAUAUGAGUUAUUUUUUCAUUUCUUUCAAAGAAUGGUGGAGUCAGAUGUGGAAAUUACAGUUUAUUCAAUGACUAUGGUGAUUGAUGGUUUGUGUAAAAGAAGAGAGGUUGAUAAAGCGAGAAAAUUGAUGGAUGAUAUGGUUGGUAAAGGGAUCAAACCUAAUGUGUAUACUUACAAUACAUUGAUAGAUGCAUAUGUAAAAAAGUUCGAUUUUAGUGGAGUGGAAGAUAUUUUAGCCGCAAUGAAGGAAGCAAGAGUGGACUUCAAUGUAGCAACUUAUACUCUUUUGAUUGAUGGGUGUUUGAGAUCUGGCAAGAUUCAAGACGCUGAGAAAACAUUUGAGGAAAUGAUUGAGAAUGGAGUAGAGGCUGAUGUCCAUGCCUACACUUCAAUGAUUAGUUGGUACUGUAAGUUGGGUAAUGUGAAAAGGGCAUUUGCUUUGUUCGACGAGAUGGUGGAGAAAGGCCUUGAUCCAAAUGUUCACACUUAUGGUUCUCUUAUAAAUGGUUUGUGCAAAGCCGGGAAAAUGGAUGCAGCUGAGAUUUUGCUCAAUGAGAUGCAAAGUAAAGGAAUUGACUUGAAUCGAGUAAUAUUUAAUACACUGAUGGAUGGUUAUUGUAAGCAAGGGAUGAUCCGUGAAGCUUGGAGACUUCAAGGGGUUAUGGAGCAGAAAGGACUUGAAGCAGAUGUGUAUGUUUACAACACAAUUGCCACUGGGUUGUGUAGACUAAAUCAGCACGGGGAAGCAAAAAGUUUGCUGUUCUCAAUGGUAGAUAAUGGCGUGGCCCCAAACACUGUUGCUUACACUACUCUGAUUGAUAUAUAUAGCAAGGAAGGGAAUUUUGUUGAAGCAAAGAGGAUGUUCCAUGAGAUGGAGAGUAAGGGAGAAAAACCAAAUACUGUGACAUACAAUAGUUUGAUAGAUGGAUAUUGCAAGAAAGGUAAGAUGAAGGAAGCAAAUAUACUAAGAAAGGAGAUGGAAGCUAGGAGAUUGUUGCCAGAUGUUUAUACAUACACCUCUCUUCUCCAUGGAGAAUGUAUAGUCGGACAGAUAGACAAGGCUCUGAAGUUGUUCAAAGAGAUGCCUACAAAGGGAUUAAUUCCGAGUGUUGUGUCGUACACGGCAUUGAUUUCAGGCUUAUCAAAAGAGGGAAGAUCAGAUGAAGCUUUCAAAUUAUAUGACCAGAUGAUUGAGGCUGGUUUGACGCCUGAUGACACUGUAUACUCUUCUCUUGUCGGCAGUCUUCAUGGCUCUAGACCUUAUUUUAGAGUCAGUUGAGGAAAAGAAAUCAACCAUAAUCAUACUGGCACUUGGGCCUGUGGCUUUCUAUCAGCCAUUUUCUCUCUGCUGACUACAUUUUUGUCUGCUUGGAUCUCCUCACCAGUGAUUGACGAAGUUGAAAAACAAGCACUAAGUAGAAUUUGUUAGCAAUCAAGAAAUGGACUGAAGAUGGAUUCCAACAACUUCAUCUACUCCAACGGGAAAUCUCUCAACAUAGAUUUCCAGAACACUUCCAGGUUGAGAAGUCGAUCAAAUCCCGUAGAAAAACUGUCAGAGAUGGUGGUCUAGUGCAUGUCAAGACUGGAUUUCUGUGCAUCACCAAAGAAAUCGAGUCAAGUACUGGGAUCAUUAUUGUGGGAUUGUGAUAAACAAAUUUAUUAUCACGAUGAAGCCCUUUGAAGCAAGCUUGAUGGCUAGAUUGGUAAAUAGAGUAAUAUGACAUCGGUAUGGGAAUGCGAAUCAAGCGAUCUUUAUGAUAUGGAGCUUUUCCCGUCUCUACUCCAUUUUCCUUUACAUGUACAUUCAGUAUGGGCGUUGGGAAUAUAAAUACUGCUCUGUAUGUAAAUUAUGCCCUGUCAUUUUCAAAUUUCAAGACUAUAAAUCCAUAAACAAUUCUAUA